AUGGAUGAUACGCGAGCUAUUUAUUGCCUGGGUUGCAAGACCUCGUCAUAUCAAAAUCCCAAGUUAAAAUUUUUAGUUAAUGCUUGUGGCCAUCGUUUGUGUGAUGGUUGCAUCAAGGCUAUGUUCGUUAGACCUUCGGCUCCUUGUCCUCAAUGCGGAACCAUAUUAAAACGUAGCGAAUUUCGCGAUCACCUUUUUGAUGAUGCUCACGUUGAAAAAGAGAUAGAUAUUCGCAAAAAGAUCUUAAAAGUAUACAAUAAACAAGAAGACGACUUUAAACUUACCUCAGACUAUGAUGAUUAUUUGGAAGCAAUAGAAAGUAUAAUAUAUAACCUCACAAAUGGCAUUAAUGUUGAUGAAACGAAGGCUAAGGUCGAAAAAUACAAAAAAGAUAAUCAAGCACUCAUUGCUAGAAACAGGUCAAGACUGAAUUUGGAACAAGAACGAAUAACUACUAUGGUUAAAACAGAAUUAGAUGAAAUAGAGAAAAAAAAAGAAAAACUACUAUUAGAAGAAAAAGAAGAACUUAGAAAACGCAGAUCUGAUAAAGAAGCAUUAUUAAAUGAUCUAACGUAUGCUGAUGCGCCUGUUGACACAGUUCUGGCUAAUUAUAAGAAAACCCAUACGGAGCAAAUGAACAAGAAAAAUUUGUUGAACAAGAAUAUGGAUGAAAAGGUUGUCUUUUUCACAACCGACAAUAAAGAAGAGGGUUACACUUACAUUCCAUUUAACGAAGAUAACCUAGGACCUAAAGCACCAUCUCCAGCGGAACUAUUGAAAGAGAAGUACGUAAGGAACGUUCACAUAUCAGAAGAACUCAAAGGCGGAGGAUUUACUACACUGAUUGUCUGCAACCGGGCUAUACAAGAAGCUUUCAGUUGCUUACUCGAUUAA